CUUCACAAUUUAUAUGUAGUACCUCCUCAAAUUGUACCCUUUACAUUUGGUGAGGAGCCAGUAAACACGGGUGAAAGUGCCGGUAUACAGUGUAUGAUACAAAAAGGCGACACACCCAUUAAUAUCAAAUGGACCUUGAACUCACGACCCUUAAUCAAUAAUGAGGAAGGUAUAAGCAUAAUGAAAAUGUCAGCAAAAUCGAGUGUUUUAAAUAUAGCCAGUGUAACGGAAAAUCAUAGGGGAUUAUUUAAGUGUAUAGCUGAAAAUAAGGCAGGAUCGGUGUUUUAUAGCUCCGAAUUGAAUGUCAAUGUUCCUCCCCAGAUAAUGCCCUUCUUUUUUGGUGAUGAGCCCAUGAAUAUGGGUGAUAUGUUUGGGGCUCAGUGUAUGGUUAGCAAGGGUGAUUUGCCUUUAAACAUUUACUGGACUUUAAACUCUCAACCCAUAGUUAAUAAUGAGGAAGGCUUUACUUUACUGCGCAUGAAUCCUCGUACCAGUUCUUUGAAUAUUAAUGCCUUAGAAGGCAAACAUCGUGGGGUUUAUCAAUGUAUAGCCAAUAAUAAAGCGGGCUUUAUUGAAUAUUCCGCCGAGUUACAUGUUAAUGUACCACCCCAAGUUUUACCCUUUAAUUUCGGUGAAGAAGUCUAUAAUAUGGGUGAUUUGUUAAGCAUUAAUUGUGUUGUUUUAAAGGGCGAUUUACCUUUACACAUACAUUGGACUUUAAAUUCUGAACCCAUAACCUCGGAUUUGGAUGGUUUUACUGUUGUUCAAAUGAAUCGUCGCACUAGCUAUUUAAGUGUGGACUCUUUGGAGGCCAAGCAUAGAGGCACUUAUCGUUGUAUAGCUGUAAAUUUAGCAGGUCUAGCUGAAUAUGCUGCUGAAUUGCAAGUUAAUGUAUCACCUCAGAUAAUGCCGUUUAGCUUUGGCGAAGAUCCCAUGAAUGUGGGUGAUUGGUUUGGGGCUCAAUGUAUGGUGGGUAAGGGUGAUUUACCAGUAGAUAUAUAUUGGACCCUAAACUCGCAACCUCUAAUAAAUGGUGAAGAAGGUAUCACCUUAAUCAGAAUGAAUCCGCGUACAAGUUCCUUAAAUAUCAAUGCUUUAGAGGGAAAACAUCGUGGUCUAUACCAGUGUAUAGCUAAUAAUAAAGCGGGCUCGGCUACCUAUGCAGCGGAACUACAUGUCAAUGUUCCUCCCCAAGUAUUACCUUUAAAUAUCGGCGAUGAAGUUUAUAAUAUGGGUGAUACUUUGAGCAUAACUUGUGUGGUAUUUAAGGGUGAUUUACCCUUAGAUAUGCAUUGGACUUUAAAUGAGGAAGCCAUAACAUCGGGUGAUCAAGGUUUUACCAUAAUGAAACUUAAUGCUCGCACUAGUUAUUUGAAUGUAGAGGCUUUAGAGGCCAAACAUCGUGGUACUUAUCGUUGUAUAGCCAUAAAUUUGGCCGGUUUAGCGGAAUAUGCUGCUGAAUUGCAAGUUAAUGUUCCCCCUCAAAUCAGCCCCUUUGAUUUUGGCGAAGAGGCCUUGAAUCGUGGUGAAAUUGCCAGUGUUACUUGUAUGGUGCCCAAAGGAGAUUUACCUUUGGACAUCUAUUGGACUUUAAAUUCAGCCUUAAUAGUAAAUGGUGAACAUGGUUUUAAUCUAUUCAAAAUGAAUAAAAGAACCAGUUCUUUGAAUAUCGAAUCUUUGGAGGCAUUUCAUCGGGGCACUUACAAAUGCAUAGCCAAUAAUUCGGCUGGUUAUGCAGAGCAUGUAACUGUGCUGGAAGUUAAUGUCCCUCCUCAAAUUACUCCCUUUGAUUUUGGUGAGGAGGCUUUGAAUCGCGGCGAAGUUACCAGUGUACCCUGUAUAGUUACCAAGGGCGAUUUGCCUUUGGAUAUUUAUUGGACUUUAAAUUCAGCCUUAAUUGUGAAUGGUGAAAAUGGUUUUAAUCUAUUCAAAAUGAACAAAAGAACCAGUUCUUUGAAUAUAGAUUCUUUGGAGGCCAAUCAUCGCGGCACUUAUAAAUGUAUAGCCAAUAAUUCGGCUGGCUAUGCAGAACAUGUUGCGGUUUUGGAAGUUAAUGUUCCUCCUCAAAUAAGUCCCUUUGAUUUCGGUGAUGAAGCCUUAAAUCGUGGUGAGGUUACUAUUGUUAACUGUAUAGUGGCCAAGGGUGAUUUACCUUUGGAUAUUUAUUGGACUUUAAAUUCGGCCUUGAUAGUUAAUGGUGAAAAUGGUUUUAAUCUAUUCAAAAUGAACAAAAGAACUAGUUCUUUGAAUAUCGAUUCUUUGGAGGCCAAUCAUCGUGGCACUUAUAAAUGUAUAGCUAAUAAUUCGGCUGGCUAUGCGGAACAUGUUGCAGUUUUGGAAGUUAAUGUUCCUCCCCAAAUAAGUCCCUUUGAUUUCGGCGAAGAGGCCUUAAAUCGUGGCGAGGUUACUAGUGUUACUUGCAUUGUACCCAAGGGUGAUUUACCAUUGGAUAUUUAUUGGACUUUAAAUUCGGCCUUGAUAGUCAAUGGUGAAAAUGGUUUUAAUUUAUUUAAAAUGAACAAAAGAACCAGCUCCUUGAAUAUUGAUUCUUUGGAGGCCAAUCAUCGUGGCACUUACAAAUGUAUUGCCAAUAAUUCGGCGGGUUAUGCAGAGCAUGUAACGGUGCUGGAAGUUAAUGUUCCCCCACAAAUCAGUCCCUUUGGUUUUGGCGAGGAACCCUUAAAUCGCGGUGAAGUGGCCAGUGUGGUAUGUGUAGUGCCCAAGGGUGAUUUACCUUUAGACAUCUAUUGGACUUUAAACUCGGCCAUAAUUGUAACUGGAGAAAAUGGUUUUAAUAUUUUCAAAAUGAACAAGCGUACAAGUUCUUUAAAUAUUGAAGCGCUGGAAUCCUAUCAUCGGGGCACUUAUAAAUGUAUAGCCAAUAAUUCGGCGGGCUAUAGUGAAUAUGUUACAAUAUUGGAUGUUAAUGUACCACCCCAAAUACAAGCCUUUAGCUUUGGUGAUGAAACUGCUAAUACUGGUGAGGUGGCAGGAGCUUUUUGUAUGGUUUCCAAGGGUGACUUGCCCUUGGAAAUUCGAUGGACUUUAAACUCGGCCCCCGUGAUAACAGGAGAACAUGGCUUCUCCUUGCAACGCAUGAAUGCUCGUACUAGUUCUUUAAAUAUCGAUUCUCUAGAAGCCCAUCAUAGGGGCUCUUAUAAAUGUAUAGCUUCGAAUAAGGCUGGUUUUGCUGAAUACACAGCUGAAUUAGAAGUUAAUGUGCCUCCCCAAGUGUUACCUUUUAGUUUCGGUGAGGAUGCUGCCGAUAUGGGUGAUAUAGCUAGUGCCAAUUGUGUGGUGCCUAAAGGUGAUUUACCUUUAGAAAUUCAUUGGUCUUUGAAUUCAGCACCCAUUGUUAAUGGUGAACAUGAUUUUAGCAUUGUACGCUUAAACAAACGUACAAGUUCUUUGAAUAUAGAUUCCUUAACGGCUUUUCAUCGUGGCAUAUAUAAAUGUAUAGCUACCAAUAAGGCCGGAUCUAGUGAAUAUACUGCGGAAUUACAGGUUAAUGUACCACCCCAAGUUAUGCCCUUUGUGUUUGGUGAUGAACCCUCCAAUUAUGGCGAUAGUACGGCGGUACAGUGUAUGGUAUUUAAGGGUGACCUACCUCUACAACUACACUGGACCUUAAAUGGUCAGCCCAUAACGAAUGAACACUCGGGCAUUAGGAUUAUAAAAAUGUCUCCGAAAUUAAGUUCUUUAAGUAUUGAUUCGAUUAAUGGUCAACAUCGUGGUGUAUUUAAAUGUAUUGCCACAAAUGCAGCGGGCACAGCCGAACAAAUGGCGGAAUUGAGUGUUAAUGUACCUCCCCAAAUUAAACCCUUCUCCUUUGGUGAUGAGGCCUCCAAUUCUGGUGAUUCCGUAGGCAUCCAAUGCUGCGUUUCCAAGGGAGACCUGCCCAUAGUCAUCGAAUGGUCUCUGGGCAAUCAAACCUUAAGCAGCGGUGAUUUAGAGAUAAUAAUCGGACGCAUGUCUUCGAAAUCCAGCACUUUAAAUAUUGACUAUAUAACAGCGGAUCACAGGGGCAUGUACACUUGUAGGGCCAAGAAUAUAGCGGGUGAAAGCUCUUAUCAGGAUGAGCUUAAAGUUAAUGUCCUGCCCUCCAUACAUCCCUUUAGCUUUGACCAUGAAGCCAAUGAGGCUGACAGUGUGCAAUUGACUUGCCAUGUGGCCAAGGGUGAUUUGCCUUUGAAAAUCCGUUGGCUGCACAAUGGUUUGCCUUUGUUUACGCAUUUGGGUGUUUUAACGAGUAAAAUUGGUGAUCGCAUUAGUUUAUUAACCAUAGAAUCGGUGAAGGCUGCUAAUAUCGGCAAUUAUACUUGUAUGGCCAAUAAUAAGGCGGGCCAGAAUUCUUAUACCUCGGAAUUGUUUAUAAAUGUUCUACCCCAAAUUAUACCUUUUUCUUAUGACGACAUCGUUAAUACUGGUGAUUCGGUGGAUCUGUUUUGUCAAAUACAAAAAGGUGAUCGUCCCAUCAAAAUUCAUUGGAGUUUUGAACGUAACUCUGAUGAUCUGCGUUUUGGCGCCCAACAACCAAUAAUGCGCACAAAUCGUAUUAGCUCUAAAUCUAGCAUAUUAUCGAUACCGAAUGCUACUCCUGCUCAUACCGGAACUUAUACCUGUACAGCCAGUAAUAAUGCUGGCUAUACCAGCUACAGUACAAAUCUAACAAUUAAUGUACCACCGCGCAUAACACCCUUUCAAUUUGGUGAAGAACCUUUGAAUUUUGGUGAACCAGCCUCUCUGCAAUGCACCAUAGCGGGCGGUGAUUGGCCCAUAAGUGUUGAAUGGCUAUUUAAUGAUUAUCAUAUACCGGCCCAUUUAGAUAUAACAACAUCGAAAUUUACCCGUCAUACGCAUGCUUUGGGCAUUGAAAGUGUUACUGGUAACCAUGCUGGUAACUAUACAUGUGUGGCUAAAAAUGAGGCGGGCAAGGCAAAGUAUACGGCGGCUUUAAUAGUGAAUGUUGCUCCCAAAAUUGCCCCCUUUGAUUUUGGCGAGGAACCCUUAAAUUACGGCGAGCCUGCCUCAGUGCAAUGCACUAUUUUGGGUGGUGAUUUGCCCAUUAAUGUAACCUGGCUAUUAAACGGCAAAGCUAUAGACAGUUUCCAUGACAUUUCACUCGCCCGCAUAGGCAAACGAGUCAAUGUUUUAACCAUAGAAGCGGUGGCGGCUCAUCAUGCCGGCAAUUAUUCGUGUAGAGCCCAAAAUAAGGCGGGAUUAACCGAGCACUAUGCGCGUUUAAUAGUUAAUGUUCCCCCCAAAAUUACGGCCUUUUCGUUUGGCGAUGAGCCCUUAAACUUUGGUGAACCGGUAUCGGUACAUUGCACCAUUUCGGGUGGUGAUUUACCCGUCUCUGUAAUGUGGACUUUAAACAGGCAUCCUUUAAUGCCGGAUUUGGAUAUUUUAACCGAGAAAAGAGGCAAACGCAUUAAUAGUCUUAUGAUUGAUGCCAUAGAGGCCAAACAUGCUGGGCUUUAUAUGUGUAUUGCCACCAAUGCAGCUGGUACAACGGAACACUCAGCUGAAUUGGUGGUAAAUGUGCCCCCCAAAAUCAAUUAUUUCUCCUUUGGCAACGAUGAGCCCAUGAGUUAUGGCGAAUUUAUAAAUGUCCAAUGCAUCAUAUCGGGCGGUGAUUUACCCGUUAAUAUCACCUGGAUUUUGAAUGGUAAACCAUUCGAGGAUUAUUUGGAAAUCUAUACCACCAAAAGGGGUAAACGUAUCAAUGAAUUGACCAUAGAAUCAGUGGCCGCCAAACAUGCCGGCAAUUAUUCUUGCAUAGCGGAGAAUAGAGCUGGAAGUGUUAAUUAUACGGCGGAAUUAAAAGUUAAUGGUGUGUUGCCCCCCAAAAUGAAUCAAUUUACUUUUGGUGAUGAGCCCAUGAGUUAUGGUGAAUUUAUCAAUGUUGGUUGUAUUAUAUCGGGAGGCGAUAUGCCUGUUAAUAUAUCGUGGCUGUUAAAUGGCCAAACUUUUGAGGAUUAUCUAGAGAUCUAUACCACAAAACGUGGUAAACGUAUUUUAGAAUUGACCAUAGAAUCAGUGGCCGCCAAACAUAUGGGCAACUAUUCUUGUGUGGCUGAAAAUAAUGCUGGUCGUGUUAACUAUACAGCUGAAUUAAAAGUUAAUGUACCCCCUAAACUAGCUCAAUUUGAUUUUGGUGAUGAACCGGUUAACUUUGGUGAAUCGGCUAGUGUUCAAUGUUUGGUGACAUCGGGUGAUUUUCCUGUAACCUUUGCUUGGUUGUUUAAUGGUCGUCAAAUAUCAGAUGAUGUCUAUGAUGUGUCCAUGGUAAAGUUGGGCAAAAAGAUCAGUGCUCUUUCCAUAGAUAUUGUGAGAGCCCAUCAUGCGGGCAAUUAUACUUGUGUGGCCUCCAAUAAGGCUAUAUCGGUUAAUCAUACCGCUGAAUUAAUAGUUAAUGUCCCUCCUAAAAUAGCUCAAUUUGAUUUUGGUGAUCAUGCGGUAAAUUUUGAGGAAUCAGUUUCCGUUAAUUGUUUAAUUUAUUUGGGUGAUUUACCCAUGGAUAUUUAUUGGCUGUUUAAUGGCCAAGCCAUUAAUGCUUAUACAGGAGUCUCUAUAGUUAAGGGUGGCAAAAAGGCCAGUAUUUUGACUAUAGAUUCGGUACAUGGUGGCCAUGCUGGCAAUUAUACUUGCAAGGCUCGUAAUGAUGCUGAUGCCGCUGAAUAUACGGCUGAAUUAAUUGUGAAUGCCCCUCCCAAAAUAGUGGCCUUUGAUUUUGGCGAUAUACCCGCAAAUUUUGAAGAUUCUGUAUCCAUAAAUUGUUUAAUCUCCUCCGGUGAUAUGCCCAUCGAUAUUGAGUGGUUAUUUAAUAAUGAAGCGGUAAAUAUAUUUGCUGGCAUCUCUGUAAUGAGAGGUGGCAAACGCACCAGUUUAUUAACCAUAGACUCCGUACAUGCCGGCCAUGCGGGCAAUUAUACAUGUAAAGCGAAAAAUCGUGCUGGUUUUGAGGAAUACUCAGCGGAAUUAAUUGUUAAUGUUCCUCCCAAAAUAACACCCUUUGACUUUGGCGAAGAACCGGCCAAUGUUGAGGAUUCGGUUUCGAUUACUUGUUUGAUAUCUUCGGGGGAUUUGCCCAUAGAUAUUGAAUGGUUGUUUAAUGAUUAUGGCAUAAGUUCGUAUUCGGGUAUUAUGGUGGUAAAGGGUGGCAAACGUACCAGCAUGUUGACCAUAGACAAUGUCAAGGCCCAUCAUGCUGGCUUAUAUACCUGCAAGGCCAAAAAUCAUGCGGCCGCCAAUAAUUUUACCACAGAGUUGAUAGUUAAUGUUCCUCCCAAAAUAACUCCCUUUGAUUUUGGCGAAGAGCCUGCCAAUUUUGAGGAAACUGUUUCCAUCAGCUGCAUUAUAUCAUCGGGUGAUCAGCCCAUAGAUAUUGAAUGGUUGUUUAAUGAUUAUGGCAUUAGCUCUUACUCGGGCAUAACGGUGGUUAAGGGUGGCAAACGUAGCAGCAUGUUGACCAUUGAUAGUGUACAGGGUCGGCAUGCGGGCUUAUAUACCUGCAAGGCCAAAAAUCAUGCUGCUGCCAAUAAUUUUACCGCAGAAUUAAUUGUUAAUGGUAUUCCUCCUAAAAUCACUCCCUUCGAUUUCGGUGAUGAGCCCGCCAAUUUUGAGGAAACUGUUUCGGUUACUUGCAUUAUUUCUCUGGGUGAUCAGCCUAUAGAUAUUGAAUGGCUGUUUAAUGAUUAUGGCAUUAGUUCCUAUUCGGGUAUACAAGUUAUGAAGGGUGGCAAACGCACCAGUUUAUUGAAUAUCGAUAAUGUUAAGGCCCAGCAUGCGGGCAAUUAUACCUGCAAGGCUAAAAAUCAUGCCUCAGCUGUUAAUUAUACAGCUGAAUUAAUUGUUAAUGUUCCUCCUAAAAUCACUCCCUUCGAUUUUGGUGAAGAGCCCGCCAAUUUUGAGGAAACUGUUUCAGUUACUUGCAUUAUUUCUCUGGGCGAUCAGCCCAUAGAUAUAGAAUGGCUGUUUAACGAUUAUGGCAUUAGCUCGUAUUCGGGUAUAACGGUUAUAAAGGGUGGCAAACGUACUAGUAUUUUAACCAUAGACAGUGUAAAGGCCCAUCAUAAAGGCUUUUAUACCUGCAAGGCUAAAAAUCAUGCUGCCGCUAUUAAUUAUACUGCUGAAUUAGUUGUUAAUGUUCCUCCCAAAAUUGUACCCUUUGAUUUUGGCGAAGAGCCCGCCAAUGUUGAAGAUUCUGUAUCCAUUACCUGUCUAAUAUCAUCGGGUGAUCAGCCCAUCGAUAUUGAGUGGCUGUUUAAUGAUUAUGGCAUUAGCUCCUAUUCGGGCAUAACCGUGGUUAAGGGUGGUAAACGUACCAGCAUUUUAACCAUAGAUAAUGUACAUGCCCGCCAUGCUGGCCUCUAUUCCUGUAAAGCUAAAAAUCAUGCCGCCUCGGUAAAUUUUACCAACGAGUUAAUAGUUAAUGUUGCUCCCAAAAUAGCCCAUUUUGAUUUUGGCCUUGAACCCGCCAAUUUUGAAGAUUCGGUUUCGGUGAAUUGUUUAGUUUCAUCCGGUGAUUUACCUUUAGACAUUGAAUGGCUUUUCAAUGAUAGUCCCAUUAAUUCCUAUUCGGGCAUCUCAGUGUCCAAAAUGGGCAAACGUUUGAGUGUUUUAAUGAUUGACGGCGUUAAUGCCCGACAUGUGGGAAAUUAUACCUGUAAAGCUCGCAAUUUAUGGGCUGGUUCCAUGUAUACCGCACAAUUGGUAGUGAAUGUACCCCCCAAAGUUGUACCCUUCGAUUUUGGCGAUGAGCCCACAAAUUUUGAAGAUUCUGUUUCGGUAAAUUGUUUAAUCUCAUCGGGUGAUAUGCCAGUCAAUAUAACAUGGCUGCACAAUAAUGUAACCAUGCAGCCCUUUGGCACCGGCAUAACCAUAUUGAAGAGUGGCAAAAGGGCCAGUGUUUUAACCAUAGAUGCCGUGCAUGCCGGUCAUGUAGGCGAAUACACCUGCAGGGCGGAGAAUAGAGCGGGCAAGGCCAAUCAUACAGCGGAAUUACAUGUCAAUGUUCCCCCCAAAAUAACACCUUUUGAUUUUGGUGAUGAACCGGCCAAUUUUGGUGAUUCGGUGACAGUACAAUGUACCAUUUCCAAGGGUGAUUUACCGGUAGAUAUUAAUUGGCUGUUUAAUGGCUAUGCUUUGAAUGAUUAUUUGGGUGCCACCACUUCGAAAAUAGGCAAAAAGGUCAGUGUUUUGACCAUAGACUCGGUGAAUGGCCAUAAUGCAGGCAAUUACACUUGCAUUGCUAGAAAUGUGGCCCAGACUACGGAAUAUUCAGCGGAAUUGGUAGUUAAUGUGCCACCCAAAAUCUCACCCUUUUCAUCGGGUAGUGCUGAGGCUGUUCAUUUAGAUCAAUAUAUUACCUAUCAAUGCACCAUAACCGAGGGUGAUUUGCCCUUAAAUAUUUUGUGGACUCUUAAUAAUCAGCCUUUGGUAAAUGAAGAUAAUCCAGAUAUAUUAAUCUCGAAAUUGGGUAGACGUAGUAGUGUUUUAACCAUAGAAAGUGUUAAUGCCAAAAAUGCGGGCAAUUACACCUGUCAGGGUUCAAAUAAGGCCGGCAAGGCCAGUUUUACCACACAAUUGAAAGUUAUAGUUUUACCCCGCAUUAGACCUUUUACCUUUGAAGAGGGUCCUGCUCAAACGGGCCAAUAUUUAACUCUUUACUGUUCAGCCUCAUUUGGUGAUUUACCCUUGAAUAUCUCAUGGCUUUUAAAUGAGCAAGAUGUGGUUGUUGGCAACAAUAGCUUGGGUAUAUCCACCAUGAUGGUUAAUAAACGUACUAGUGUCUUGACUAUAGAUUCGGUAGAUGAUCAUCAUGCGGGCAAUUAUACUUGUUUAGCUCGCAAUCGUGCUGGUUUACAAAGCUAUACCACGGAAUUGAAUGUUUAUGUUUUACCCAAAAUUGCUCCCUUUACCACGGGAGCAGAUGCCUUCUACCCGGGCGACUAUUGUACCCUACAAUGUUCCAUCAUACAUGGAGAUCAUCCUUUACUAGUCUAUUGGUAUUUUAAUGAACAAAAACUCAACGAAACUUUGGCUCAACAAAUGGGCAUACAAAUAUCGAAAAUGGGUUCCAGAAGUUCUGCGUUGACCAUAGAGUCUGUGCAAGGCCAACAUGCCGGCAAUUAUACUUGUUAUGGCAAAAAUUCAGCAGGGGUAACCAAUUAUACGGCCAACUUGAUAGUAAAUGGUAUUAAGGAUGAUGAAUUUUAUAUAUUAUAG